AUGGCCCGCGUCCUCAGCACUGGAGCACUGCUUGCAUUGCUCAAUUUUGCCACGCCCGGCCUCGGAGCCGCCCACGUGUCGAACUGCAGAUACAUCCCGGGGGAUAAGGGAUGGCCGAGCCAGAGCGACUGGGCCAAGCUCAACCGGACCGUCGGCGGCCGGCUGAUCGCCACGGUUCCCCAGGCCCACGUAUGCCACGCCGGCGGCCCGGGGGUCAACCAGGCUGCCUGCGACGCCCUGAAGGAUCCCCUUGUUUUCGAGAAGACGGCCCCGGCCUACGUCAACAAACCGGCCGAGAUCAUCAACGCCUACUGGCAGAACCGGUCCUGCGACCCAUUCUCCAAAACAUCGCGGCCCUGCGUCCUCGGCAACUACCCGGUUUACUCGAUCAACGUGUCCGGAGCCCACGACGCGAUUGCCGGUUUGGAUUUUGCACGUAGGCAAAACAUCAGGCUGUCCAUUCAGAACACCGGUCAUGACUACAAUGGCCGCUCGGCCGGAUUCGGAUCGCUCUCGCUGUGGAUGCACAACCUGCAGGGCAUUGAGGUCAUCCCGCGAUACCGGAGCCGGGCGUACUCGGGCCCGGCGGUCAAGCUCGGCGCCGGAGUGCACGCGGGCGUGGCGCUGCAGUACCUGGGCCAGCGCGGGUACCGGCUGGUGACGGGCGAGUGCGGCACCGUGGGCGUGGCGGGCGGCUACUCGAUGGGCGGCGGCCACGGCCCGCUCAACGGCGCGUAUGGCAUGGCUUCGGACAACGUGCUCGAGUGGGAGGUGGUCACGGGGGACGGCCGGCACAUCGUGGCCACCCCGGAGAAGAACUCGGACAUCUACUGGGCCAUGUCGGGCGGCGGCGGCGGCAGCUACGGAGUGGCCCUGAGCAUGACGGCCCGCAUCUACCGCGACGGGCCCGUCCUCGGCCCCGUCCUGACAUUUACCGCCCCGGACGUCGGCAACGAGACGUACUGGGGCGCCGUCGACGCCUUCCUCAAGCGCCUGCCCGGCAUGCUGAGGGGCACCAGCAGCUCGAUCCAGUUCAGCUUCUGGAACAACCAGUUCGGCGCCCUCUUCGUCAUGCCCGACGAGCGAAACUCGUCGGCCGCCGACGCCAAGCUGGCCCCGCUGCUGCGCGACCUCGACGCCAUCGGGAUCCCCUACGACCUGACGGUCAGCCAGUCCGAAACUUUCUUGGAUUACUACAGCUCCUGGUACGGCCCGCUGCCCUUCGGUUACGAGCCGCCGUCGACCACGCUCAACAGCCGGCUCGUCCCCGUGCGCGUGGCCCAGGACGACCAGGCCCGCCGCCAGCUAAUCGACGCCAUGCGGCUCACCACACAGACGGGCGAGUUCACCGUCGGCUGCUCGGCCGCCGACGUCGGGAGCGUCCGGCACCCGGACAACGCGGUGCUGCCGGCCUGGCGCAAGUCGGUCGCCAUCUGCAACGUCAACGCCUUCUGGAACUGGACCGCGCCUCUCGAGCAGAACCUCGAGGUCAAGCGGAGGAUGGUCGACGUCUACAGCCCGGCCUGGGACGCCGCCACCCCGGGCUCCGGCGUCUACCUCAACGAGAUCGACCCCUGGUACCGCAGCGACUUCAAGGUCAACAUGUUUGGCUCCAACUACCGGCGCCUGCUCAGCAUCAAGCACAAGUACGACCCGUACCACCUCUUCUACGGCCACAACUUGGUCGGCUCCGACGACUUCUCCAUCGACGGGGCCGGCAGGCUGUGCUACUCCUCCGGUCGUUGA